GUCCCAUAUACCGGCGCUGGCAUGAACACUGCUCGUAGCUUUGGGCCUGCUGUAAUAUUUGGAGGUCCUGCUUGGGAUAACCAUUGGGUCUACUGGGUUGGGCAGUUGUUGGGCGGUGUGGUCGCUGCUCUCCUCUACGACCUGCUGUUCGCCGUCAACUCCUCCGUGGACAAGCUCAAAUCAUGCGGCACCUCCCGCCAUUACAACGAGAGCGACACGUACGCCGUCAGCGACGAGAACCACUCCGAGAUGAAAGAUAUGCCACCUGCUAAAGUCUAACAAAAUUACGACAUGAUGGGACAUCAAUUUCUUACUGCGAGGAAGCGACAGAACGUGUUGUGUAUUGAGUUUGCAUUGCGAUAAAUCUGCUGAGUUGGAACUGCGACAAAUCUGCUUUGGGAAACGAAGAAUUAGCUGUAAUUUGAUACCGUUCGUUAACUAUAUUUCAAGUUGGCACGAAUCGAAAGGACAUCGGUUAGAUGAUCCUUUUUUCUCCUUGAAAAAGUCAGUUAUAAUUUAGCUCAAGAAGAAAACCCUUCUCACAGCUCCUCUCCUAUAACAUCCAAAGUUUGGAUUUUUAUUCGAACUAAUCUUGAAAGACUGGGUAUAAAGAGAAACUGGUGAAAGUUGCGAUAACUAGAAUUGUCACAGUCUUGAUUCGAUCUCUUCGUAGCCAAUUUGAGGCAUAGAAAAUGAACGGCACCUAAAUAAAUAUAUUCUGGCCUUUUUAACCAUUAGAGUAAAACACGAACAGAAAGAGAGAAGGUAGAAUAUAUAUUAUUUGGAAAAAAAAUCGUAAGAUUUACCUGUACUGACUUCGUAUUGAAGUUUUUUGAGAAGUUUUUUUGUAUGAUUUAGCAAAGGUGUUGCUUUCGAUAAUCAAACCGGGCUUUGCUCACUAUCUAAGGCAAUCGUAACUGUUUUCUGCAAACCCAAGCCCGAUGGUGCUGGACUCUGUAAUUCCAUUGACGAUUUUUUUUUUUUUUUUGUUUCAGCUUCUGAAUCACGAAACCAAAUUCAUUAAGCAGCUGUAUGUUUAUUUUCGUAAGCUGCCUGUAGUAACUAAAGUAAAAAGGCCACCAAGAACUUUUAAGUUCACCAUCCCUAACAAUCUCCAAAUCUGUGUCUCGUUUUCGGCUAUCUGACAGACUUGGUUUGAACUGGUACAACACUAUAACAAAUGCAUACAAUCUUUCAGGCUGGGAUUUCAGUAAAUUCAUAGUGUAUUUUUUUAAAAUCACAUUUGCCUGUCUCGAAUUAAUAGUGAAUUUUACCUGUUACUGUCGGAAUUGUACUAUUAUAUACUUAUUUUAUGAAAAACGUUAGUUUUAGUUUUCAGAACGCCAAUACGUACACAACACGAACUUCUGUGCCAAAUACACCAUUCAAUCAUCUUGGCUAUACAGCAACUUUCACAUUAAAGCGAGUUCAUUAAAAGUAAUCAUUGGCGUGAGCUGUCAUUACCCAGAGCUUCAAACGGUUCAUUUAAAACUUACAUACCAAGUCACAAUAUAUGCAAAUUUGCAGUCUCUCUAUUGGUGCGAGGAAGAGGGCCACACGCAAUGCUGUGUUACUCAGGGUGCUGAGAACUGCUCUUGGUAACUGGCAGAGCUACCAUCGAGACGAGAUCCAUUGUUAGUCAUUUUAUUUCAAUGACGUCAAUUUUUAAAAUUACUUUUAAUAUUUUUUUUAAAUCGGUAAAAUAACGCAUGGGCACAAAAGGAAAGUGAGAAAUGGAAAAGAGGGGGUAUUUAUCCAUUUUGAACAAUUACAGAAAACGGACCAGAACACAGGGCACCCCGAGUUCCACAGCAAUAUCGGUGACUUUCCUCUAAUCAGAAGUCCCUCCACGUCACAACGUCAACGUAUAGUUAUGAGGGCGCGUAAUGUAUAGUUAUGAGGGUAUUUUCAAUACACUCAAACAUUCAAGGUGUGAGUUACUUGCAAGAAAAACAACAACAAACUUGGUGUUAAACUUAUAGUAUGUUAACUAAAGCAUUUAUUUCAUAAUUUGUACAUUGUUAUUGUACACAAUAUUUUAAUAUAUGUAUAAUAUAUAUAUACACAAUUUAGCUUAAAAAACAUGUAUGAGUAAACAGCUAGUAAUUACAUAUGCUUACAUGUGUAUGGGACCAUAGGUUCCACAUAUUGAAACUGGGCUUUGUUCUUAGCUUAAUUAUACUCAAAUAUACAGGCAUGCAUUGUAGAACUAGUUUUGUAUCAUCAUAAUAAUUAUCACCAGGGCUAUAUUACAUAUAAAAUGAAAAAAAAAAUUGUAAUAAAUAUUGGAGGUCUACAAGUUAUCCAAGUAUUGUGUGAAUAUAUUGGCACCAAGUAGUAAGCUAUGAUGGCAAUUUGGCACCCUGUUUGAGAACAGGGCAAAAAAAGGCCUUUUUGUUAUGACAUUACUCCUCUACAACAAGAAGUGUAUGCCAACACCAUCCAUCUUGUCAUAAACCAUAGCAUAUGACAUCACUACCCUGCGGUGUCCUCUCUGUUGAUAUUAUCUAGUUUUAAUGCACAUGAAGUAACAUGUGACAUUUUGACAAUUACGUAUAACUACGAGUCACAGCACCGUAUGUAUGUUUAUCAAAGUUACAGUCAGAAGAAUUAAGAUUCUAGG